AUGUCAGAGACAAGCAAAGCCCCUAAAUUUCAUGGAAUCAGGAAAGAUGUCAGUGUUACUGAACUGUUUGAAUCAAAGAUCAUCAAUGAGGACCUCUACAAAGACCUCAAUACAGGAAAACUGACCGUGGACGAAGUUAGUGAAAUGGAAUCUGUCCGAAGGUAUCUAGAAGGAACCAACAGCAUCGCAGGAGUUUAUCUGCAGUCCACCAAAGAAACUCUGAGCAUCUAUGAAGCCAAACAAAGAGGCCUCUUGACUCCUGGCACGUCAUUAGUUCUUCUGGAAGCACAGGCUGCUACUGGCUUUGUCAUUGAUCCUGUAAAGAACAAGAAACUUUCAGUGGAGGAUGCUGCAGCUCUGGGCGUUGUUGGCAGCGAGUGGAAAAACAAACUGUUGUCAGCAGAGAGAGCAGUGACAGGAUACAAAGACCCCUACACUGACAAAAUGAUAUCUUUGUUCCAAGCUCUUAAAAAGGACCUGAUCGUAAAAGACCAUGGCAUCCGUCUGCUUGAGGCUCAGAUUGCCACCGGUGGCAUCAUUGAUCCAGUUUACAGCCACAGAGUGCCUGUGCAGGUGGCCUACCAAAGAGGCUACUUUGAUGAAGAAAUUAACCAAAUAUUGUCGGACCCAGAUGACGAUACCAAAGGCUUCUUUGACCCAAACACCCAUGAAAACCUGACAUAUCUUCAGCUGGUCGAGAGGAAAGAUGUCAGUGUUGCUGAACUGUUUGAAUCAAAGAUCAUCAAUGAGGACCUCUACAAAGACCUCAAUACAGGAAAACUGACCGUGGACGAAGUUAGUGAAAUGGAAUCUGUCCGAAAGUAUCUAGAAGGAACCAACAGCAUCGCAGGAGUUUAUCUGCAGUCCACCAAAGAAACUCUGAGCAUCUAUGAAGCCAAACAAAGAGGCCUCUUGACUCCUGGCACGUCAUUAGUUCUUCUGGAAGCACAGGCUGCUACUGGCUUUGUCAUUGAUCCUGUAAAGAACAAGAAACUUUCAGUGGAGGAUGCUGCAGCUCUGGGCGUUGUUGGCAGCGAGUGGAAAAACAAACUGUUGUCAGCAGAGAGAGCAGUGACAGGAUACAAAGACCCCUACACUGACAAAAUGAUAUCUUUGUUCCAAGCUCUUAAAAAGGACCUGAUCGUAAAAGACCAUGGCGUCCGUCUGCUUGAGGCUCAGAUCGCCACCGGUGGCAUCAUUGAUCCAGUUUACAGCCACAGAGUGCCUGUGCAGGUGGCCUACCAAAGAGGCUACUUUGAUGAAGAAAUUAACCAAAUAUUGUCUGAUGCCGGUGAUGAUACAAAAGGCUUCUUUGACCCAAACACCCAUGAAAACCUGACAUAUCUUCAGCUGGUUCAAAGAUGCAUGAUUGAUCCAAAAACAGGACUAAGCUUGCUUCCACUAAAUAAGAAAAUGUAA